AUUGUGGUAAAACAGGUUGGUCAACUUGCUCUGACCAUGGAGCCCAUCAUUUAAAAAGCAACAACACACACCAAGUUUCUCACACUCCGGAUUCAUCAGCUGAAUACGGGUCGACCAGCAGAAAUAAUAAAAGCUGAGAUGAAGCUGGGUUUGCUGGCGCUGCUGGUUCUGGCAGCACUGCUGCCCAACCUUUCUGACAGUCGCAUUGUCUCCAAAUGCGAGCUGAAGGACAAACUUGCAGAGGCAAUCAACAAGACCAGAGGGCCAGAUGGGGUUACGGAAGACAUUUUGGCAGAAAUUAUCUGUGAGGUCAACAGGAGAUCUAAUUUGAACACCAGCCUGGUAAAGACUACGGACUUUCACCAUCGUCAGACUUCAGAUGUCACAUCUGGCAGCCGACAUAAGAGAGAAGCCUCUUCCAAAGGGAGGCACCACUCAGAGGAGACAGAUAGUUAUGAGGAAAACAUGAUUCAGGAAAGGAAGACAAAGAAAAACCGUGAGCACAACAGCGAUGAAGAUAGCUUUGAGAUUAGUGAGGAAGUUGAAGAGGUCUCAAACUCAACUGCAGCUCCUGGAAACAACAGAAGAAAGCGUGGAGCCCAUGACAAUAGAAGAGGCAACUCGGGGGAAAGAAAGGGAAAGGACAAAGGAAAGUAUCAGGAGAGAAAGAGGGGACAUCAUAGCAGCGAAAGUGAGGACAUGAGUAACGAGGACAGCCAUGAGACAACUGAAAAAGUGCCCUCAUAUUCAACUGCAGCUCCUGGAAACUCAACUGCAGCUCCUGGAAACAACAGAAGAAAGCGUGGAGCCCAUGGCAAUGAAAGAGACAACUCGGGAGAAAGAAAGGGAAAGGACAAAGGAAAGAAGGGGCAUGAUAGCAGUGGAAGUGAGCACAGCUCUGAGAGCUAUGAGACAACUGCAGCCUCUGCCUCUUAUGGUAUCUUCCAGCUGAGUGAUGGCUAUUUCUGUGAUUCCGGUAACCAUUUGUCCAGAAAUCUCUGUCAGAAGUCCUGCACAGACUUCACCAAUGAUGACAUAACAGAUGACAUCGAGUGUUUCCUGACGGCAUUCUUUGAUGGGUAUCUUCAGAGGUCCCACUCUCACCAAUGUGAAGAUGAAGCAGGAACAUUCCUCCAAGAUUGCUCCUAAGUGUCUAUGAGGGCACAUUUUCUUCCACCAGGUGUACUCCCACUGCGGGUUGUAGAUCGCUGAAUUGAAGCAUUGCUCUCUUUUUUGUUGACUAUCACAGCAUUACCUUUUCAUCAAUUAUUUUCUUAAAGAUGAUAAAAAAUGUAUGGUUGGAUUUAGGGCUUACAGUAGAUGUUUUAAAACCGUAUGAUGUAACUUGUGAUUUAUAGCAGUCUCUUUAUAAUAAAGGUGAAAAAUGAUACGAGUGUAACUAUCUGACUAUCUAUAAACAGUUCAUAUAAUAUCUAUCAUCUAUUUCGUGACUGAUCACGUUUUAGAUACAUCAAUAGGACCUGGUGACGUUUUUCCGAAGUGUAACAUUUUAGGUGUGUAAUAAAAAAUGCUCUAAAAUUGU